AGAGUUCCAGGGAAGUUUCGUAUAUUGUUUAUAUUGCGAAUUUGGUUUUGACUGCUGCACUGAGAGGUUGCCAGCCUUAUCGCUCAAAUUAUCCAACAUGCUUCACCAUUUCUGUCUGUAUCUCGUUGCAUGGGCGUUCAGCCUGAUUUCCGCUUCUGCGACACCCGCACCCGGUCACUUAGACGGAACAUACCCUGCUGCUGGCUUGGUAAACACUGUGGGUGGACGAAUGCUUCGACGUGCAACGACCGAACAGCUCUUCAGCAAGGCUCUCGAUCACCAAUGGGAUGAUGGAGAAGUGCUAUUUCCUAUGAGUGAGUUGGAUAUGCGGAUCACCUGUCGUACAUGCUACAUAGCCGGCAAAGUCACGGGCAGCUAUACGUACAGCGCCGAUAUCAAUACAACACAACUUGAAGCUACUGUAAAGCAGACUGUCACCAGCUUCGUAGACGAUGCAGAGGACGCCCUCAAAGCCUUCAUCGAGGACAACUCAAAUUUCACGAACAUUGACUUCACCGAUGUCAGCCUCCCCAGCUCGGAAGACUUUGACUACCAGCUACAGUAUCUAUUUGAUGACCUAGAGUUGUACAUGGAGCUGGACACCGUGCUCUCGGCGGAGUCGAAAUAUACACUCAACCUGUUUACAUAUAGUCCUCCGGGCGUUGGCCUUGAUGCGAAAUUUGAUGGCGACGACUUUUCCAUUGGCGCUUUUCUCACUGUGGACCUUGUCCUUAGCUCUAGUGAAGACAUUGAUAUCAUCAGUGGAGUGCAUAUUAAGGUUGACAGCGCUGCUAUCAACAUCGGCAUGUUCGAGAAUGAUGUCGGUGAGGUUACUAUAGACGGUGGCAUGUUCGAAUUCCUCAAUGUCAGUGUUGGCGGAGAGGACUUCGAGCUUAAUGGCACCUUGCGUGUUGGCAUCCAUGCCGGCGUUGGCCUUGAUAUCGACUACGAGCCAAUCUUCGACGGCUCAGCUGGAUUAGGAGCGGGCAUUUAUGCCAACAUUGCCAAAUUCACUACUACAGGCACUGCUGAUAGCGAUAACGAGAACUGCGAUGUGGCGCUGGUCGAAGCCUUUACCAUAGCACUUGGUGCUCAAGCCGGUGCCACAGUCGCUUGGGAUAACCACACGUGGGGCCCAGCGCCUCAGACGGAAACGCCACUCUGGUACACAACACUCACGACUGCAUGCGCUACACUAACCAGCGCUUCGACAACUUCCUCUGCUGCAGCAAUCAGGGCGCGCCUGAUCGACAACGACGACGCGAGCAUUGGCACCACCACUACAAAAGUAUAUACCAUAGUGUCGUGCAAUGCGACCGGGGUCAUAAAUUGCCCCGUCUCCGAUCAGAUCACGAUCACCACCGCCUCCACGUUCAUCACAACGGGAUCAGCAACGGCGCAGGCGUCAGUUAGCAGGUCCACCUUCGGGUCUACGAGCCAAGACCUUGUUGCAACCUCUGGUCCCCCGAGUUCUUACUCGCCGCCGCCGCCGCCUACUGCCACGUCGACCGGGGGAGUCGGUGCUAGUGGACGCGAAAGUGGCACUACUGGGAAGGAUCAGAAGCCGCUUAUCAUCGGUCUCUCUGUAGGUCUUGGUGUCCCCGCUUUAGCUAUCAUUGCCGGAGCGAUGUUCUGCCUCAUUCACCGUCGGAAGAGGUAUUCAACUGUCCGCAAGGGCGAGACUCGAGGCCAAGUCUUCGAGACUGCGACUGCUACACCCGAUCUUAUGCCUGAGCAGCAAUCGUUCCUCAAGAAGACGCCGACUGUGGUGAGCAGCAGAAGGUCAUGAUUGACAUAGUUGAGGGGCUGCGACCCCGACCAAAAUGAUAGGGCGCCAGAAGGACCAGAUUCGCCUGCGCUUGAGGAGUGGCGCCGAGUAGGACCAGAGAGGAGAUAUAUAAAGCCAUUCCAUCUAGAUAUUGAAGAAGUCCCAGCUAUUUCACGAUAUGCUGUACUAAAUACUAUAACACAGGAUUAAAGCGAGGACGAGUGGUGAUAA